CUCCAGAAGUUUCAGCAGAAGGCUCUGAAGCAAACUAAGCAGAAGAAAUCCAAGUCGGCUGAAUUUCUGAUGGUUAGAGAAGACAGAGAGGCCUCGGAAGGCACUGGAAAUCCAGCUUUUAACACGAGCAGCCCAGAUCUCUCAGCGUAUCAGACUUCAGAAAAAAAAGUUAUUAGACGUGACACGCUGGCUCGCACCCUUGCAGCUCACCAACAAAAAUUCAGGCUGCGAGCCUCUGCUGAACCAAAAGGAAAUGAAUACAGCAGAAAUUACUUUGACCCACUGAUGGAUGAGGAAAUAAACCCAAGGCAGUGUGGGAUGGAGGUCAGCGGAGAGGGAAGCGGUUCUAAUAAAAUUGGUCCCUGCCCUGCUGACUGUGAUCUCAGUCUCUCAAAAGAAGACCGUGGAUUACACAAUAAGUCUGUGAAGGAAACAUCAAUUGCUUGGCGAACUGGAGAAACUGAAGAUUAUUCACAGGAUACAUCUUACUUGGAAGAACUGGAGGAACACAGGGUUUCAGUUUGCUGUUCUUCAGUUGCUGAUGGAACUGGAUCUGGAGAAUUCUUCAAACAUCUCUAUUUUUUGCUGGCGUCAGUGUUUUCAGAACUUCAGCUAGCUCAGUGGCGAAGCCAGGGCUUCUGGUACAUUAUCUUGCUGAUGGCUUCUCUCUGGUUCCUGAGGCUCUACCUGCAUUACCUCAGCCAGUGGCUUUUCCUCCAGGCCAUUUCAACUCCUGUGACAAAGUUCCACUUUUCCCCUCUCACAGUUGAGCUCUGCUACCCAGCCUCUUCACUUGACAUCGGAGAGGAGUCGCUUGUGGUUGUGGUGGGGCCUUUGAUGCUGAACGCAGCGAUACUUCCCUUGGUUCUGAUCAGAUGGGGCUGUCAGCUACUGUUUGCCUCGUGCCCUGACGUCCUGUCAAAGCUAAUCAUUACCAUGGGACUAUGGACAGUUCUGGACCCACUGGCAGUGUUUAUUGUGGAUACUGUCCUGGGGUUGGAGAACUACGGCUCCAUGCGGCAUCAUCGUUAUCCUGGAUUCAGUGUCACUCGUGAGGUUGCGGCUGCCCGAGUUCCUGCCUCCAGUCCUUUCAACACUUCCUUCUAG